CCGCGAAAACUCCUCCUGUGGCACACAAGGGUUGGCGAAUAUCACGGGGCAACAGUGCGCGGACCGCCACCACGCGACGCGGCUGCUCCUUCAACACGACGCGCUGCACGACACCUCCGUCGAGCGUGACAGCGAGCCGAGAUCGGCAGCACCGGCUCGAAAACGAGAGAAAGAAAGAAGCGAAGGCUCGAGUCGGCGGCAAGCGGAGCGAGAGAACGGGAAGCAAGAGGAGAAAAGGGAGAAAGAAAAUCAACCGGCUGGGCCUGAGUUUCGCCGGGGCGAAAAUUCGUCGGCGGUCGUUCCGUGUCGUAUCUCAUCGCGCAUCGCAUCGCAUCGUCGUCGUGCUCGUCGUCGUGGUGCGCUUGCACUAGCCGAUGGCGCCGGGGAGGGAAAAAGGAGCGAACAAUAGCAAUCUGGAACGCGCGGAGGUACACACACGCCAUGCCCGAGACAAACUCCAGGGACGCGAUGUGUCAUUCCAUUAAUCUGCCCGCCAAAUUGAGCGCCCGCAAUUCCGGCCGGGUGUCAACUUGCCCGAAAACGAUAUAGAGUCAGUGCACAGUGCGAAUUGUCGCGCGCGCGCGCCCGCGUUCCCGAGAGCGUCUGCCGCUGUCUCACCGAUCGCAACGAUCUCGAUCGCGAUCUCGACUGAAUGACCCGUGGCCGCGGCCGCGGACGCCUCAUCGGUUCCGCUGAGACGCGACAUGUUGACACGCUAACGUCGAGUUAGCGAGAAUACACGGCUACGCGAUGACGACGACGAUGAUGAUGAUGAUGAUGAUGCACCGGCGUGUGGUGGGCCCGUCGGUCGCGACUUCUUAAUCGUCCUGAACGGACCACUGCUCGGCGGCUGUCGAGAUAAUCCCGAGACACAAUCGCCCCCGUGGGACAAUCAGAGAGGGUGAUCCUCCGGGAUUAAAGGGUGAGAGCGCGAUUGAAUAUCCCGGUCGCCGGUGCGUAAAUUGGACGUGUCGCGCGAAUGCACACGCUGGACGCGCAGAUAAAGAAGCUUAGCGACGAUUUCUCAUCGACGGCGGGGACGAGGGGGAGGGAGAGCGCAUCGAAACAAAUGGCAGCCGAGUGCAAUUCUCACUGCGAGUGCUGACGCGAGCCGCGAGUGGCACGGACAUUUUCGGUGCGCCGGACAAACGGCUGGACAAUAAAUAAGGAGGAAUCGUCCCUCUUUGAUCUUCCGGCCGCGGGAUCAAGAGGGAGGGUGAACGCUCGAUUCGAUAUCACGCGUCGAUAAGGAGACGUCUCCAGCCCCCCGUUUCUUUUUCCUUCCCCUGCCGGAGCUUGACACUGGUGGCGAGACUCCGGUGACUAACAGUGACAACGGAGAGUAUCCUGCCCAGCCCGCACUCCCCCUCGGCGUUUUCCGAUGCGAGUGCCGCGGGUGAGAACGAAAUCCGGCGUGCCGGGCCGAUCGGAUCGCAAAGAGGGACUUCGAUCGCGGAAAUCGCUGGAGGGACGCAGGAAUGAAUUUCUGGUGAGGCCGUGCUCGAGAGAAAUGUGGCCUGGUGAGGAAUGCUGCACAGCUCUACGAUGAGAAGGAACCGGAAGAGCGCCUCGAGUCGUCAGAGAAUCGACGGCUGAUUAUGACGCGCGUCCGCACGCGGCGGCAUCUCUCUCGUCUCCUCCUGUUGUUCUCUUCCUCCGGAGCCCUCCAGACAGGCCAUUGCUUGACCCUCCUCCUUCUCGGCCUUACCUCUCUCCGCACAGUCUUGCCGUGCGACGAGAAGACGAGGCCCCAGAGCCGUGACCCGAGCGCGCUUCCUUGCCACAUCGAGGUGAGGAGAUACUCGCGGAGGGACCUCGGCGCUCUCGGAGUGAUCCCGGAAUGGAUGCGAGCCGAGAGCGGAGCUCCCAGCAUGACUGGCCAAAGUGUUAACGAGGCGGCCGGUGGUGAUUAUCGUCGAGCCAGCGAUUCGCUAGAAGACGCACGAAGCCGCGAGGAUGGGUUCGGUCGAGUGGUGACGGGGCGAACUUACACCGGCGAUGGUAGCCUCGUGAGCGCUAUCAGUGACCGAGUGCGUGAGUCGGAGACUGCGAUUAAUUAUCCGAGACGAGAAGCCGUCGAUCGCCUGGACGUUACCGCGGAGAAUCGGCGGGCUAGCGGCGCGAUCGAUUUCGGGAGCAUGGGACAAAGUAAGGGGAGCGCGAAGAACUGGCUGGACCAUUCGGCGGGUAAACGCGGCGGUGGCGACGCGCCGGUGUCGCAAACCGCUCCUUAUUACUCGGAGAAGCAGGCUGUGAGCGAGAUCCAAUUCCAGGACAAUCGAGAUAGCGAUAAUGAAACAAGUUUGGCCAUUUCAGACGGGCCCGGUCAAAGUGCGAGCGAUUUAGCCGAGAGCCCCGCUCAUGAACACGACGCGGAGGCUGAGUUAAUCAGAGCCCCGAUCGAUUAUCCGAAUCAGUCGGGUUCGCGCGAGUCUUCAAAUAUCAAUCAGCCGCGGGGGCUGACGACUACUCCCUCCAGCCGGCAAGAUCGUAAUGAAGUCGGCACCGACGUAGACGGCGAAACGCUAGUUAAUCGUGCCGAUGAACGCACGAGCGAUUAUUAUUUGGCCUACCGGAGUUCGCGUGGAAACGAGGCCUCGAGCGGGCGCGGCGAUAUCGACGGCGCCGCGGCGAGGAACCGCGACGAGGAUUCGCCGGGGACGGCACGAGGAGGAGACGGCGAGACUGCCGGUCUUCUCGAGUUUGCCACCAGGCAAACUCAUUUAGACGCUCGUAAUAUCUAUCCGCUUGAUAAUCGAAGCGCCGUCGUGAUCGGUACACGCGACGGCUCUGGCAGCAAGAUCGCCGAUUACCUCGGCGAGGGCAACAACCUCGACGCGGCUAAUGUGUCCACGAACUCGCCGAGCGAUCCGGACGUCGGCGCAACCGCGGCUGACACGCUUCUCGACGAUGACUUCGGCGAUGACGGCAGCGACCCGAUCGUCGGGCGCGUCGAGUUCGACGAGAACUCUGCGAGCGAGAACGGGAGCGACGGCAAGUCCGUGUACGCCGAUGAUUUCUCCGAGAGCCUCGGCGGCACGGAAGGUAACAGCAUCGCGUGUGCACACGACAGCGUAUGCCGCGAGUCGGAUGAUAACGAUAUUCGGAUAGUUCGGGCGAAAAAGUUGGCAGAUGGGUCGAACGGCGUGCGAGGGGUAGGGGGUUUCUCCCAAGUAAACGACGUAUCCACGAUACCUGCCAACGACAGCGAUACCGAUAUCGACGUCGACAACGAAGCGCCUUUCACAGGUUUCGAGGGUUCUCAGAAAUUUCCUGUAAAAGUCAAUCAGAAGACGCCGGCGGUGGCGCAAGUCGAAAAGUUUGACAGGCGACACUUCGGCCCGCACAAGGAGGACGUGCUUGACGAAACAUCUACGUGGUACCCGAGCACCGUGGCCCCGGACCUGCCGAAGAGUCCCGCCAGGGAUGUGCCUCAUCGUCAUCGCAAGACUAACGCUGCCUCCGAUGACGUGAUCGAGACGACCGAAGGGAACGGCUCGGGCGACGGGGUGAUCGAGAGAGACGAGAAACGGAAUGACACCCUCGAGGAAUCCUUCUGGCUGCCCGGCGCCUCUUCGGGUGGACGCUCGCCGAGUUCGCCGGCUGUCAAGCCCAGCCCCGGCGAAAAAUUCACGACGACUGCGGACAUCACGGACGGCGCGGACUUGGAGAGCGCGACGCGCCACGGAAACGACUCCUCCGACCCGGGGAGGAUGGAUAUUGGUGUAACAGUGUCGAGUGCGAAAUCGAUAGAGAAGAUAAAUAUAACCAUCCUGGGUCUCUUUGAGAUGACGCACGGGGCGGUGCCGAGACCGGAAGGAUCCAACGAGCUCCAAGCGGCCAAAUUGGCGGUCGAUCGUGUCAACGAAUUGAACGUCUCAAAGUACUUUCGGCUGCGGCUGAUUCACAACGACACUAAGUGCGAUUCCGGUGUGGCUGUUGACAGAUUCUUUCACGCGCUCUACUCGACGAGGAAAAAGCAUCUGAUGCCGUUCCUGCUCGGCACCGCUUGUUCUGAAGUUACCGAGACACUGGCCAAAAUUGUGCCCUAUUGGAACGUGAUUCAAGUAUCGUUUGGUUCGACAGCGCCGGCCCUCUCGGAUUCCAACGAGUUCCCCCUGUUCCUCCGCACCGUCGCACCGGACUCCAGUCACAAUCCCGCCAGGAUAGCGUUGAUCAAACACUUCGGAUGGGACACCGUUACGGCGCUCUCGCAAACGGGCGACAUGUAUUCCUUGGCGGUGAACGAUUUGGUCACGGAACUGGAGCAAGCGAAUAUCACGUGCUCCGCCACCAUCACGUUCGCCGAGAACGAUUACAAGGAGCAGCUGCGAACUUUGAAGGAACUGGACACCCGAAUUAUCAUCGGUAGUUUCUCGACGCGAUUGGCGCAACGUGUUUUCUGCGAGGCUUGGAAGCUCGGCAUGCACGGCGGCGAUUACGCGUGGAUCCUGCCGAGCGAUACGAUCGACUUGUCGGAGAUGACGGGAGAUUGGUGGUACGCCGGUAUGGGAGAGUGCUCACCGUCUCAACUAUCGCAAACUUUGGACGGUUUAAUCAUCGUGAAGAGCCACGCCACGAUCGUCGGGGAUGAGAUCAGCGCGUCGGGAUUGACGAGCGCGAAAUUCGCUUCGGAGCUGGCUAAUAGAGGCGUCGCGCAUUCGAAAUUCGCGGGGCAAACAUACGACGCCGUGUGGGCCAUGGCACUCGCCCUCGCCAGGACCGAGGUCCUUCUGAACCGACAGAACGAGAGCAUGGCGCGGUACACGCACACGAGAAAGGACCUGACCUACCGUUUGCUGGAGCAGCUUAAGCUGCUGCACUUUAUCGGAGUUUCGGGACCGGUCUCUUUCGACGACGCGGACCGCGUUGGUAUCACGGCGUUUUAUCAGAUGCACGGACACGUUAUUAGGAGAAUAGCUAUCUACAAUCCCGAAGACGGGAAACUGAUAAUGAACUGUCCAGGAUGCGCGGCUACAAGAUGGCCCGGAGGCCAAGUGCCAGCGGCUCGCAGAGUCUUCCGAUUACGAAUGGUGACGAUAGCCCCCGCUGCGUUCCUCACCGUCACCUGCAUCGCCAGCAUCGGCGUUAUCCUGGCCCUCGCUUUCUUGGCUUUCAAUCUCCACUUCCGCAAGCACAAAAGCAUAAAACUUUCAAGCCCGAGGCUGAAUAACAUGGCUGCUGUUGGCUGCGUCCUGGUCUACGGGGCUGUAAUACUUUUGGGACUGGACGACGCCACGCUACCCGACAGCGAUGGUUAUUAUCCUGCAGUGUGCACCGCGAGAGUGUACCUAUUGUCGGCCGGCUUCUCCUUGGCUUUCGGCUCGAUGUUCACGAAGACGUAUCGAGUGCACAGGAUCUUCACGAGGAGCCGAAGCGGUGUCGUGAAGAACAAGCUGCUGCAGGACACCCAGCUGAUAAGCCUGAUCUGCGUGCUCCUGCUGAUCGACUGCCUCAUAGUGACGCUGUGGGUGACUCUGGACCCGAUGCAACGUCACCUGCGCAACCUGACGCUGGAGAUCAGCCCGCAGGAUCGAGGGGUCGUCUAUCAGCCUCAGGUGGAGGUGUGCCGUUCGCAGUACACCAACGGCUGGCUGCUCGCUCUCUACGUUUACAAAGGUUUACUGCUGGUAGUCGGGGUCUACAUGGCCUGGGAAACGAGGCACGUCAAGAUCCCGGCGCUCAACGACUCGCAAUACAUCGGCAUGAGCGUGUACCUCGUAGUCAUCACGUCGAGCAUCGUCGUGGUGUUGGCCAAUCUAAUGCCCGACCGCGCGACCUUGGCCUUCGUCACCAUCACCGCCCUGAUCCUGUCGUCGACGACGGUGACCUUGGCGCUGCUCUUCCUGCCGCAACUGGCGAACAUCCUCGCGGGCGAGAGGGCCGACCCGGUCGUGCAGAGCCUCGGCCUCAAGAUCGAAUGUAAUACGCGCAGAUUCGUCACCGACGACAGGAGAGAGCUACAGUAUCGCGUGGAGGUGCAAAAUCGAGUUUAUCGCCGUGAGAUGGCACAGCUGGAGCUGGAGUUGGCCAGAUUGGAGAAGCAACUGGCGCAGGAGACGCUGGAACCGUCGCACGGCUCGUCAAGCGCCUCGAUCUCCCAACGAAAUCCGAGUAUCGGCGGCGGUCUGCCCCUGUUAUUGCUCAGCGUUCUGCCACCGGUUAUUCCCCGCGCUAGUUGGCCAUCCGCGGACUCGUCCGGCAUACGUCGCGGUACCGUAGCAUUUAGCAGUCAGCCGGAUCUGGAGCCGGACGAUCCCAGGCAGAGCCUGGCCGACCUUUACAAGUUGCACCGUCGCAGGGAGACCGAAGGGCCGAAUCGCUUGGGAGUUUUUCAACGACUCUUCAGCCUCUUCGGCAGCAGACCGAGUAGCAGGAAAACCUCCACUGCGUCGUUCACCGGGGUUGCAUCGGCUCUUCGAGUCCAUAUGGGUUACAUUGCCGGUUUAGUGCCUGGCACGAAGGCCGCCUCUACUUGCCAGGUGGAUGCCCAAGGCACCCACUCGCCUCAUGCACGAUGCGGUUCAGGACCAAUAAUUAGUAUUACAAGCGAGGAAGAUCGUAGAUUGAGCUUAGGGCUACGUCGUAAGGAAAGUAGCGAACCUCGGGUGAAUUUCAAUUUACCGCCACAGGUGAGCAUGAGUCAGUCGUCCUCUCGGGAGAAGAUACGCGGAUCGCCUCGGUUUCCUCAUCGCAUAAUCCCGGCGAACAGUUUGAGCGCUAUCGCGCAGAACAUGUCGAUUCCAAGACCGCAUCGUUGGCACUCGAUGGAAGACGCGACGAAACCGAAAACUAGCCAAGUACCAUCCCGUAGCUCGUGCAAUCCCAAUUUCGAUAUGUGUGCCACAAGCGAGAUCGGGGUCCCUUUCAGCGAGCUCGCCAAUACCGCCCGAGGUAGAAACCCACCGGAUUCCUUGGCCCUGACCAUCACCGUGGACUCAGAGACGAGUCCGGUCGAUACGAAGCUGGGCAGCGACUUGAGGAAGUUGUUCAGGGUAAACGACAGCCAGGACCAGGUCAGCCCCGCCGAAUACGAAUCGAAAACUGCCCAGUCGAGUUCGUCGUCCUCCUUGUCCCUGAGGGUGACCGGCGUUGCGAGCAAUUCUGUGCCGUUGAAGAACGAUUCCACGUCGGAAACUCGACACGACGUUGGCUCGAACUUUUAUCAAGAACCGAUGCCUCGUCCAUCGAGCCCAGUUGUGUCAGUGAUCGAUGCGGAUAACCCAGGCGAGGAGUCCAACUCCGAUGCCGAUAACCACAUCGGUGCUUCCUGCGUGGAGAGGAGACCGACCACUGUGUAGUGCGACUGUGCUCGUGUUUAAACGCGAAGUUCUACUGUCCUUGUACUUAUCUCUCAACGAAGCUACCGCCAAGUAAAAGAGACAAUAUAUCAGAAAAAUAACUCCGAACGGUGUCGGUUUUAUCGCGUUCCUCGUGCAACAUCCACAUUAACGUUUGAAUGUUUUUCGGGGGAGGAGAAGGUGGAAUAACGAUUCUGCUGAAAAUUCCUAACUAUAUCGUAGUCGCUUAGACAAUCCGUGAGUCAAAUUAUAAGUCGCGUCUAUUUAGAUGUUUCGUGUGAUAGACAGAAGAAGAUUGUUACGCCAGCGUAACAAAGUACUUAGGGAUACGCUAUUGACCUGCGAUUUACGCGAGGCAUCUUCGCGCAACAUCCAUGUAUAAAUACAUGAAGAUUUACGAUAACACGUUGGAGUAUAGCGUCUAUAUUAGAUAGCUUCGAAUUAACAUUUUAAGAGCCGAUUAGAAUCUCCGAUAGAGUCAAUUCGCAUAAUCUGGGUAUGAUGAACCCAAUGAACUAACGAUAGCGUUGCUUAUUAAGAAAAUUGACGUCAUAAUUGGUUAUUCAUUGAACAUCGUAAUCGAGUAGCGAGUUGGCGGCCGUAUGCAGUGGAACGCUAUAAAAUCGAUGCUGUCAAACGCUUCUCAGGAGAAACGUAUGCAAUAUGGAGCACCUCAAAGAAAAAAGAUGAUACAGACAACCGGCUCAAAUCAAGUGUUAAUUUUAUUCGCGCCCAAUCUGACAAACGAUUAGAGUGUCAUGACUGUGUGAGAACU